AUGGGAUCUAAAUGCAAAAUUUGCAAGAAGAAACUCAUUGAUGAUUUUGAGAAAAAUAAAUAUUUAAUUUCGCGUUCCCCCUCCCCAUUUACUUCCCCACAAUCCUCUCCCCACUUUUUCCCACCCUCAACUCCAAGUAUUCCCAUCCCUAAAAUUCCUCCACCUCCUCCACCACCACAACUUCAAAUUCUUCUUAAUCUCAUUCCUCCUCCUCCUAUACCACCACAACUUCCACCUUUUCUUAAUUUCUUUCCUCCUCCUCCACCUCCACCACUCAACUUCCAUCUCCUCUUCAUCUUCUUUCUCCUCCUCCACCAUCACCACAACUUCCACCUCCAACUCUUCUUAAUCUCCUUGUUUUCCUCAUCCACCACCGCCUUAUUUAAAUUAAAAAUUGUUAUAUAUUUUAGAUAUUUUAAUUUAAUUAUUUUUUAUUUUAUAUUUAAGCUAAAUUUAAUUAACUAUUAUGUUAAAAUUAAUAGCCCAGAAAACAAUCUCAGCUUGAUUCUGGGUUAG